CCCCCCAGGCGGUAGCGGCGGCGGCAGCAGCGGUGGCGACAUGAGCAGCGGGGCGGCGUCCGGGACGGGGCGGGGGCGGCCCCGGGGCGGGGGGCCGGGGCCCGGGGACCCCCCACCCAACGAGACACACAAGCUGGUGGUCGUGGGCGGCGGCGGCGUGGGCAAGAGCGCGCUGACCAUCCAGUUCAUCCAGUCCUACUUCGUGUCCGACUACGACCCCACCAUCGAGGAUUCCUACACAAAGAUCUGUACAGUGGAUGGCAUCCCUGCCCGGCUGGACAUCCUGGACACCGCAGGCCAGGAGGAGUUUGGCGCCAUGCGGGAGCAAUACAUGCGUGCCGGCCACGGCUUCCUGCUCGUGUUCGCCAUCAAUGACCGGCAGAGUUUCAAUGAGGUGAGCAAGCUCUUCACGCAGAUCCUCCGCGUCAAGGACCGAGAUGACUUCCCCAUCGUGCUGGUCGGGAACAAAGCAGACCUGGAGACCCAGCGCCAGGUCCCCCAAUCUGAAGCCUCUGCCUUCAGUGCCUCCCACCAUGUGGCCUACUUUGAGGCCUCGGCCAAGCUGCGCCUCAACGUGGACGAAGCCUUUGAGCAGCUGGUUCGGGCAGUCCGGAAAUACCAGGAACAAGAGCUCCCGCCCAAUCCACCCAGUGCCCCCAGCAAGAAGGACGGGGGGUGCCCCUGCAUCCUCCUGUAGCCUGGGCAUGGUAGAAGCGUCAGCACAAGCUCUCGGGACCAGCUACCCUCACACCUUGCUGAGCCUCAGUUUCCCCAUCUGGGUCUCCCAGGAUACACUACACCCCCACCGCUACUUCCUGGCCUCUUCUGGCCGUCGCCACUGUGUGCCUUCUGCCAACGCCUCCCCUCCUCACCCGAGCUCCUGGUGGGGCUGAGGGGCUCCUGGGUAUCCGGGUCACUGCUGUAUAUAACUCCUCCCCCUGCCCCAGAGAAAUAAACGUCACUGCCAA